AUGGCGGAAUUGUCACUUUUUACUCUGCCACCGGAGAUUCGUACGCAAAUAUGGUCUUACCUGGUUCAACCGACGAUCAUCUACCCCUGCCAAUGCGCCAUGAGGGACGAACAAUGUCAAGCCCACCGUGCGGGCGCCUGCUGCCACAACGCCUCCACCUACCAGCACUGUGACAACCGCAUCCUUCGCGUCAGCCGACAAGUCUUCGAAGAGGUCCAGCCGAUGGCAAAGCACGCAGAGAGCAAGCGACUCUUUGUGCUCUGCAACAAUCUCUGCCUCGACAACUUCUUCAAGUCCCUGGACCAAAGUGACUGGAAAUGGGUCAAGCAUGUGCGGGUCAACCUGUUCGUCGGCUGGGGCAAUGACAACCAAGACGACUGGUUUCUCUGCCAGAUGCACCGCUGGGCAAAGAGAUACGUGGCGGGCACCUUGAACAAGUAUGAACAAGGGCGAGAGGUCUCGAUCCAGCCCGCCGAGGAAGCGAAAGAGGACAAGAACGGGAGGAGGACUCUCGUCGUCGACGUCUACCUUUCGUGA